AUGGUGAAUCUGUACAUGAUGUUAGGCUCUUAUAACAUUGACGUCCAUUCCUUAUCCAUUCCUCCGGGAAAUGGAGGAUCAUCUAGACCAGCCUCGACGUCGGGAAAUGGUACUUCUGACAGCGGUGGAUUUAAGCCAGUUGAUUUGGUUGAUUUGAUCCCUGUUGUUGGAACAAUUAAAGUGGGUGCUGAUGCACUUGGAGCUUUCUGUAAUGGUAACGUUGGUACGGCAAAAACUGCUUUGUGUGGUAUAUAUGCAGUUGGAGAUGUUUGCAUGACUGGCGGUUUAGGAAAAGUAGCUGUAAAGGGUGGAUCACUUGUCGUUUCAAAGACUGCAGGAUAUUUAUCUCUUGGAUUUCUCGGACGAAAUUUGGGAAAAAAUUAAAGAAAUUUAUUAGUGUUUUCCAUGGUUC